GACCCACCGAAUCAGAACCAAACCGACCGACCAGGCCGGGGACCAGACCAGGAACAAGCAGAGAGAAGGGAAAGGGGGAACCACCGGGCCGCCCGCGCCACCUUCUCUUCUGCCGGCGAUCUCCGGCCACCGCGCCAUGGCGGCGGCGAAGCUGCUCUACAUUGUGGUGGUGGACGACAACGGCUCCUCCUUCCGCUACACGCGCUCCCUCAUCCACAGCACCCUCCAGCUCAUGGGAUGCAAGCCGCGCCACGCUUUCGAGAUCAGCCGCAGGGUGUUCGAUGUCAUCCGGGACGACGGCAGCGACGAAAUGGCCGCCUCCGCCUCCGCCCGGGUGCAGAGGUACGAGGUCGCCGAAGCCACCCCCACCACAAGCCCUCGUCAGUUCCAAUUCGAGCUCUACAAGCGCCGCACCACCGUCCUCCUGCCCAGAGAUCUCUUCCUCGACCUCGUCUGCGAUGCCCUCGCCCUCUACAAGUACGUCGCCCCCAACCAGCGCGCCGAUCUCAUGCUUGCUUGCAGGAUUCGAGAACGGAAGGAAUCUGUCACGGUUCUUCUUUGUGGAACUAGUGGUUGCGGCAAGUCUACUCUUUCGACUCUGCUGGGAAGCAGGUUAGGAGUCACAACUGUAGUUUCCACAGAUUCAAUACGUCACAUGAUGCGGAGCUUUGUCGAAGAGAAAGAAAACCCUCUUCUCUGGGCAUCAACUUAUCAUGCAGGUGAAUGUCUUGACCCAGUAGCAGUUGCUGAAGCAAAAGCUUGGCGGAAAGCAAAAAAACGCUCAGGCGUGUCAAGCAGCUCAAAUAUUGAUUACGAAAAAAGUGGGGCUCUUACCGAAAAAAUUGAAGGGAAAUCAAUUGGGAAGAAGCAAAUGGCCAUAGAAGGUUAUAAAGCACAGAGUGAGAUGGUGAUUGACAGUUUGGAUCGGUUAAUUACUGCGUGGGAAGAUAGGAAAGAAUCAGUUAUUGUUGAGGGUGUUCACUUAAGCCUUAAUUUUGUGAUGGGUCUAAUGAGGAAACAUCCUUCUAUUAUACCUUUUAUGAUCUACAUAUCCAAUGAGGGUAAGCACACGGAGAGGUUUGCUGUACGUGCAAAGUACAUGACACUUGACCCAGCGAAAAAUAAGUAUGUUAAAUACAUCAGCAACAUUAGAACUAUUCAGGAGUAUCUCUGCAGUCGAGCUGACAAGUACCUAGUUCCCAAAGUAAAUAAUACUAAUGUUGAUCGGAGUGUUGCUUCGAUUCAUGCCACUGUUUUUAGCUGCCUCCGGAGGAGAGCUAAUGAAGAUCAGUUAUAUGACCCUGAUACAAAUACUGUGGCUCUUGUAAAUGAAGAGUACAAAAACCAGUGUGUGGCUAACUCCAUGAGUUCCAAGGGGAUGUUUAAAUUGAUUCAACGGCUUGGGUCCUCAAGAAAGCUCAUGGCCAUCAUUAAUGUUGAUGGAUCCGUAUCCAAGGCUUGGCCAGUUGAGUCCAGUGGAGAUGGGAAAUGCAGCUCUGAUAGCAGUACUCAGAAAUCUGUAGGGAUUCCAAUUUACGGACCUUUAAACAUUGGAAGAGCAGAGUCAGUGAAUCUGCAGUUUGGCACCUUUGGGAUAAGUGCCUGGCCUACUGAUACGGGCUGUACAAGUCAAGCUGGAAAUGCUGAUGAAUCAUGGGCCAAUGCUACUGAAGGUAGUAGCAGGCAUGUUCCAUCUUCAUCUGGUUCUCCAAAGAAGUCUGAUAGACACUGUAAAGAGAUUAAAGAGUCAUCAGUAGCAUCUGGCAGUGAUGAAGAAGAGGAAGAAGAAGCUGAUGUUCGGCCUAAUUCAGGCAGCGACGAGGACCUCAGUGAAGAAGACAACAGGGAGAUCCAUGAGGAGAUGGAAGGUUCUGUUGACGAGGAUUGCAACAGGUCUGAUGAGGAGUAUGAUGACCUGGCGAUGCGGGACUGUAUGGAGAAUGGCUAUUUAACUGAUGAUGCCAUGUUUUAUACUGGUUUAAGCAAAUCAUUGAGCGGCAAUCAACAAAGCCAUGGCACGCCAAGGAAACACCAUGGUAAGUUCGAUGCAGGUGUUCCUGAGACUGCACGCUCUACUUCUUCAGCAGUCCCUGCUGGCACAAGCAGCAAGCGGCAUGGCACUAGGAAGUGGAAGCGCUCCCUGAGCGACUCAUUCCGUUCACGGCCACGGAGUGCUCCUGAUUUGGUGUCGACCCACAAGGGUUCACCACCUGUGCCUGUGGCUCGUGAUGAGAGGUAGCUGAUUGCCUGGCAGGCUAGUUGCAGAGACGGACCUUGUCAUGUUUUUUGAGCAUAAAUUGCAAAGGAAAGUAUGAGAUUAUCUGAGGCGUUAUGAGCCGGUUGAAAAUUGUCUUUUGAAGCACGGCAUGUUGUGAAAGAAGUACCGUGCUAAUCAUUUUGUUGUUUGGUUAUAACUAGAGCAAAUGGAUCGGAUUUGUACAAAUUAAAGGGCGUGAUUGCUUCACUUGUACGCCCGCACCUUUAACUGGAGCAAAUGGGUGGCAUGAUGGCUCCACUUUGAUUCCAAAUCUUGAUGAACAACACUCAUUGUGGCUUUUCACA